AUGUUUAGGACAGCCGUAAGUGUGACAUCUGAUGUCCAUGAGCGGAUCGAUGCGGUUAUCAUAGCACAGCGGAUCGCAAUUUCAAGUGGUUAUAUUGCUGAUGUACGUGGGAGGCCAGGUCUUAUUGCGCAGCGAGAUUAUGCUCCAGUGGAUGACCCGAAAAAGAUCAAUUUCUGCUUGCCUUUCAUGACCGACGACCUCAGUAAGGCGAUAAGGGCCAGUCUGGUUAGGUAUGGUCUCGAUGACCAAGCGAGAAUUGCGGAAAUGCCUCCAACAAAUCCCAAGAAGCAUUUGUCUGACUCCAAACUGUGUAAUAUGCCCAUUUGGUAA